AUGAAAAUCUAGUAAUGCUUCAAAGAGCCCAUAGGUAUGCCCACGUAAACUUUGUUUCCAUCACCUUUCUUCCCAUAUUUCCUCCCACUUUCAGGGCCUUUUUUUGUUCCUUUAAGGGCCUCAUUUACUAGAAUUAAACCCAGUAAAGGCAGAGAGAGACCUCAAAAAAAGGAAACAGAACAUCUAGAGUGUUUGAGGAGAUGAAGAAUGAUGAUCAAGCAAGGUUCUUGUUUGGGAUUUCACUAUCUGAUAGACCCAAAUGGCAACAAUUCCUUAUUUGCUCUUCUGGUUUCUUCUUUGGUUAUCUCGUUAAUGGCUUAUGUGAGGAGUAUGUAUACAAUCGACUAGGAUUCAGUUAUGGGUGGUAUUUUACCUUUGUUCAAGGCUUUGUAUAUCUAUUUCUCAUACGUUUACAGGGUUUCACCACCAAGCAAAUGGUGAACCCGUGGAAAACUUAUGUGAAGCUCGCUGUUGUACUCAUGUGUUCUCAUGGAUUAACAAAGGGCUCCUUGGCUUAUCUAAACUAUCCAGCACAAAUCAUGUUCAAAUCGACUAAGGUACUACCAGUAAUGGUAGUGGGCACCUUUAUGCCUAGCUUGAGGAGAAAAUACCCGGUUCAAGAAUAUGUCUCGGCCGUUCUUUUUGUUGGGGGGUUGAUAUUUUUCACAUUAGCAGAUGCCAAUACUUCUCCAAACUUCAGUAUCAUCGGUGUCAUUAUGAUUACUGGUGCUCUGGUGAUGGACUCUUUUCUUGGUAAUCUGCAGGAAGCAAUUUUUACCAUGAAUUCCGAUACCUCUCAGAUGGAGAUGCUAUUCUGCUCAACAGUUGUUGGCGCACCUGUUCUACUUCUGCCGAUGAUACUAACAGGAGAACUUUUUGUUGCAUGGAAAUCGUGUUCUGAGCAUCCAUAUGUUUAUGGGGUCUUGGUAUUCGAAGCAAUGGCCACGUUUAUUGGUCAAAUUUCAGUUUUAUCACUCAUUGCUAUUUUUGGGGCUGCCACUACUGCUAUGGUAACAACAGCAAGAAAGGCAGUGACAUUGUUGUUAUCAUACUUGAUCUUUACUAAGCCACUAACCGAACAACAUUGCUCCGGAUUGCUGUUAAUAUCGAUGGGAAUUGUUUCGCGGCUCUUGCCUGACAGUAAAUCUCCCCCACGAGCUGUGAAAUCGGAUAACACAACUAGGAGAAGUCAUCACAAAGAGGCAAACCUAUCACCAGAAAAUAUUGCAGAUGAAGAGAAGAGACCAUUAGUGUGAGCUUGAAAAAGAAAAUAAGUUUAGUUGCUGCUAACCACUUCUUGUGUUCUAUUUUGUUUUUUGUUUUUCUUAAGCCACUUUGCUUUCUCUUGAAAGAUUUAAAAUUUAUAUUUUUGGUUGAAAAACACAGGGAUAUAACAGAAUAAAGUUUUUUGUUGAAUUUUAGAACUCCCAAAAAAGAUUAAGGGAAUUCUUUAAUUUAGAUGGUGCUUUCUGUAUAUGUAAUUAUGUAUGUAUAUGGAAUGGAAUUUAGUAUAUUCCUUCCCUUGAUCCCCA